AACAUGAGAUACCUUAAAUUCGGUGUUGUUGCUGAACACAAGACAGUAACAAACUAACAAUGGCAACGGUUUUGUGUCUAAGCAAAUUUGCUACGUUCAGGCCACGACCCUUCUCUUCACCCUUUCCCUCCACACCUUCUCUCUCCACAACUUCCAUCAACCUCACUUUGGCCCCGUCUUUUUCUUCUGCAACGCUCUCAUUCACAUGGGACGAUGUCUUUCGCGUAUCUGAAUCUCAAUCUGCCGCACAACCCCGCUCUCGUUAUCUCCAAGGCUUCUCCCACAAAGUUCAACUAUGCAAUCGUGCUUCUGAGAAACAAUCUGAAUUCCUUCCAUUUGUCAUUGAGGACCACGUUGUCGGAUUCAUUCACAAUGGGUUUGUGGAGCAUUUGAGGGGCUUUGGCGAAGUAUUUGUUUUCCCGAAAGAUAAAUAUAAUGGAUGCCCCAAUGGUGAAAUUGUUUCUUUGCAUCCAUUGCUGAAGACAACUGAGGAAAGAACCAGUGCAGUUGGAUAUGUAGUAGAGCGUUUGGGAGAGGAGCAGAUUCCAGGUAUACGGAACGAGCUUUACCCCGUGACAUCAUCAUUUGGGGCACCCAUUUUCUUUUCAUUAGAGCGUGCUGCAGCUCCCUAUUUUGGCAUAAAGGCUUAUGGAGUUCAUAUGAAUGGCUAUGUGGAGGUGGACGGGGAGAAGCACCUGUGGGUAGGGAAAAGAAGUGACACGAAACAGACAUAUCCUGGAAUGCUUGAUCAUCUAGUUGCAGGAGGACUGCCGCACGGAAUUGAUUGUCAGGAGAAUCUUGUAAAGGAAUGUGAAGAGGAAGCAGGAAUACCUAGAUCUAUCUCUAUCAAAGCCAUACCUGUCGGUGCUGUUUCAUAUAUGGACAUUGAUGGGUUUAGAUUCAAGAGAGAUGUUCUAUUCUGUUAUGAUCUAAAACUUCCAAAAGAUUUUGUACCUAAAAAUGAAGAUGGAGAAGUUGAUAGCUUCAAGUUGAUCCCUAUUAAGCAAGUUGCAGAAGUAAUACGCGACACACAGUUUUUCAAGCCGAAUUGCUCUCUUGUAAUCAUUGACUUCCUGUUUCGACAUGGAUACAUCUGCCCUGAAUAUCAUGGAUAUUUGGAUCUCCUACGAAGCUUAAGAAUAGGAGACUGCUCCUGACUCAAAGCAUCAUGACUAUUCACUGUCAUGCAUUCAUAUGUUCAAGUUUCUUGGUUAUUGUUAUCCUUCAUAUUUGUUGUUAAAAUUCCAUAAUGGUUAUUCAAUAUUAUCUUAAAAUCUCUUAGAUUGUACUUUUCCAGAGAUGUCUUCAACUUGGAUACUUAUUUUGUAUUCUUUCAAUAAUGGUUGAGAAAGGACCAUUGAAACAUUAAA